AUGUUAAUGUACAUUCCACAGGUUCUUCUCUUCCAUAUAACUUACACAGAUAUGCCAAUCUCCCAGUAUUUUUCGUACAACAGAGUUGCUUACAGUCUCAUAGCGUCCAAGAUAACCCUAGCCUCUCAUAAUGCCAGUGUCUGGCUUGGAGUUUCCUUAACUGUUUAUCGGUUUAUCCAGACCAGGAACAGACAUCAUAUCCCACGUGCCACGCGCAACAUACAGACUGUUGCAGUAGUUUCUAUUGCUCUUCUGAUCUCCGUUGCUUCAUCGCUACCAAAUUCUCUCACUAACAACUUCGAGGAAUAUACUUUAGCCAACAAUGAGACUAUCUACAUCAUAAAUGCUCCUAUGCUUGCCAACAGCGGUUCUCGUAACAUUGUGGACACUAACGUCUUGUUGUAUGCCAUCGUUGGGAAGCUACUUCCCUGUAUACUAAUGUCAAUGUUUGUUGGGGCGCUGGUACACUCUUUACUGAAAAGAAGCAGGCAAUUUUCGUUUGCAUCAAAUAAAAGGUCGGUCAUGAUCGGGAGAACCAACAAGCUUCUGUACGCCAUCGUUGCUCUCUUUUUGAUCACAGAACUCCCUCAAGGAACACUGGUUUUGAUGUGCGUCUUUAUCUCCGGUUUGUACGAAAACGUGUACAUUCCGCUAGGAGACUUCUUUGAUGCUAUUGCUUUACUUAACUGUGUGAUUAAUUUUGCCUUGUAUUGUAUAAUGAGCAGUAAAUUUCGAUCUACAUUUAAGAGACUUUGUCUGAGAUAUCUAUACUGCAAAAGUCCAAAUAGAUCUCCUAUGGAUCAUGUCUCACUUCGAUAA